UGCGGUACAUGCGCGCGCGCAGCUCAGUCGCAGACACUCUGCUGCAUGUGACGGUUGAUCGCGUAUUAUAUUCAACUUUCGAACGAUCGCUGUACAUUCGCGUUUGCUUUCUAAAAAUUUAGUUCGAACAUAAUUUUAAUGGCCAAUAAAUUGAAUGGUGUUGAGACAACGGUAUGGGCUCGUGGUCCUCCCCCCAAUAGAUCAUGUGGGGAGACAUUUAUGAGGGCGAUAUACGACCGGGAUGAAAACACAUUCCUGGGCCGAACGCCUAAACGAUGGGCUAUAGCAAUAACAUUCUACCUUGUGUUCUACGCUGUCCUGGCGGUAAUGUUUGCCGUGUGUAUGGGUGGACUGUUCUACAUCCUCGACGAUAAGAAACCAACGUAUAUCCUCGAUAGCUCCUUGAUCGGUGCGAAUCCCGGAGUAUCGUCUCGUCCUCAGCCACUAGAUUUCGUCGUCCACUAUUCUACAGUAAAUAUGACAGGCCAUGACUUCUACAUACAAGAUAUUCAGGACUUUGUUAAAACCUACGCUAACGAGUCGUGGUUCAAUUCCAAGAAAGAGUGUACGGUAGAAGAUAACUUCGGAUAUCCGGAAUCACCUUGCUUCUUCAUAAAAUUAAAUAAGAUCUAUGGCUGGAAACCAGAUUUCUAUAUCAAGGAUUUCCCAGAAGAUAUGUCAGCCGAUUUAGUUGAAUACAUUAAUAGUCUUCAAGAGAUUGAACGUCAACAGGUCUGGGUGUCAUGUUGGGAGGAAUAUUCCAAAAACAACACGAAGAUUGAGUAUCCAUGGGGGCGCGGCUUGCCGGGACGCUUCUACCCGUAUCUCAAUGAAGACGGCUAUAUCAGUCCAGUGUUGCCAGUCAAAUUUACUCCACCUGCGAAUACGUUAGCAGUAAUCAGAUGCAGGGCAUGGGCCAAGAACAUCGUCUACAACAAGAGCCUCAAGGAGCCGUCGGGGUACGUCCGUAUAAUUCUGCAGGUAGACGACGACACCGCCGUCAACACUACUGAAACAUCAAAAGAAUAACAUUAAUACAAAAUAAUUAGUUGAAUAUCUGUAUAUACAAUAUGUAUAAUAAGUUAAAGCGAAAAAAGUAUAAGUAAAAAGAAGUCAUAAUAAUUAAUGUUAUUGCAAAAAACAAUUACGCACAGUAUAAUGUCGCCCCAGCUCUUGAACUAGAUAACUGUGUUUCAGGACCUAAAGGUAGGUAUACACUAUAAAGUUUGUUUAUCUCUGUGUAUACCUAGCCUGUAUAAGAUAGAAUAAAUUUUGAUUGUGAUUGUCGACGCGAUACCUAACUUUGUUUGAGAUAUCUGAGUCAGUUCAGAUCUUAGACGCUUGCUACCAAACAUGUCUUUUGUCAGACCGGUCCACUUGCUAUAAAGUAUAUAACGCAUCAAAUAACGUAAUUAAUUAAUUAUUGUAUUAAAUCAUACCACUGAGUGAGUUUCUUGUCAUAGAUUGCGUAUUCAAAAUGAGAUACUCUAAAAUAGUUAACGUUUAAAUUCUUUAACGAGUUUGGAAAUGUGUGUUUGUUUUUUGAAUGGAAAACCACUGGUAGUUAUUUUAUUAAAGUUGUGUAUAGUAGGAAUAUACUGUAUAAAAUAUAUUUGGAAAUAUAAAUUUAGUACUCGAUACAUUUUAAUGAUAAAAAUAUAUUUUCAAAAUAAUAAUUCGAAAAGAAACUUACAAAUUCUAUUUAAUUAACGAGACGUAAUUAUUAUUUAGAUUUAUUAUUUAGUUUUUAUUUUGCCUGGAGUAAAUUGUCGUGACGCUUUGACAUAGGUAUAGAGAUAUUGUAAUUUAUAGUUCAAAAGGUCCACUUGAAUAAUUAUCAUGAAUGUGUAUUGAUAUAGAAACGCUAUAUGUUUUUAAAGUUAAAAUCGAAUAGAUUUUCUAUAUUAAAGCCGCUUGCGAAAGUCAUUUCUUCUAGAGCUCAUACUGUUCAAAAUAUAUAAAGUGCUUCAAGCGCUUAAUUUGUAAUCGAGCUCGCACUCGUCUUAGGUAGAAAGUAUAUAGUUUGUAUUAUUAAUAAUAAAAUAAUGUACUCGCCAAAAGAGAGUUAACUCAAAACUGGGUAGUAGUAAUUAAAUUUGUUCAACCGACUACAUUUCAGAAAACAAUUUAAAUACAGUAAAAACCCUAAAUAAAAAUAUUAGAAUGUUUUUUUUUUAUAUAAAAUUCUUCAUAUAUUUUUUUUGCAUAACGCAUAAUUUAUGAGAUAUUUACAAAUAUACACUCAAAAUAACGAAUCCAUGGCGAUAUGUUCUUAUUGGAAAUCUUGUUAUAAGGAUUUGUGGCCAUUGUUGUGUUUUGCAAAAGCCUUUCCUGAAUACACUGUAAUUCAAAUUUUCACCAGGAAACAUUUGUCCAUUGAACUUUUGACAAAAAUGUACACGUCAACAUUUUCAAGGAGUGAUUGUAUUUUUACUAUUUAAAUAGAAUCGAUUAUUAUCUACGUGUCGAACGGCUUUAAAGGAGUUUUAUUUCUCAUAAAAUAACCAAAGAUAUGUUUAAAAAUUAAUUAAUUAAUCUGUCCAUCCGUUCAUUCGUAUUUAGACCUCCUAUAUCAUUCCUGAUUACUUUAAUUAAUUUAUAAAAACAAUAUUUUAUGUAGAAAAACUACUACUUAGUUAUAAUAUAUCUUAGAUAUUUUUUUUGAUAAUUGACAUUACCCUUAAAAUAUUUUGAAGGUAACAUGUUUUUUUUUUAAUCUAUGCAAAAUGUGAACGUAUGUUAACAUUGUUAUACAUAGUAUAUGACUAUAGGUUAAUAUAAGCUUCUUUUAAUUAACUUAUAAACGGUACAAAAUACAAAUAUUUAUUAUAAACGUAAGUAAUGUGUUAAUUAAUGCAAUUUUCGAAUAAAAUUAUUUAAAAA